GCUACUGUUGGAAGAGUCUUGAGAAUAUAUAAGAAGUGGGGUUAUGUCAAGGAUCCUUUUAUAGGCCCUAAGGGAAGAAGAAAAUUGUUUGAUAUGAAUGAUAUGGAAAUAUGUAAAUUGAAGAUGAAUUGGUAUUUAGAUAAGUUGGUUUCUGAAAUGAAAAGACUUACUGGAAAGACUGUCUCUAUACCUACUUUAUGGCAAUCAUUAAAAUUUUGCAGAAUAACAAGAAAAAAAG